AUGAACUGCUCAGAAGGUAUUAAAGAGUAUCUUCUCAAUACUUCUUUUCAUGGUUACAGAUACAUAGUCGAAAGAAAUCGUCAUUGGACUGAAAGGGCAUUUUGGUUCAUAUGUUGCCUUUUAUCCUGGAUAGCAACAGGAAUGCUCAUCCAAUCAGCCUGGACAGAUUUCCAGAACAAUGCCAUCAGCUUCGUCGUCGAAACCAGCUAUUUAGACUGGGAUACCCAUUUUCCUUCAGUACUGGUGUGUGAAACGGACAAUCAACAAAAAAUUGCCGAAGUAACCGACAGAACUUACGGCGACCCACACGACUACAACCUGGACGAAAUCGUCAAGGAGUUGGUGUUCUUUCGCGGCCUCUCCUUUUACACCCUCCAAAUUUGCGGUCCGGAAGCGCCCAGCGUAAAUCCGGACUGCUACAAGAAGAACUUUUCGGAUUUUUCCGCCGAGGUGCGCAGCACUUGUCCGGAGAUUUUUAGGAAAUGCAAGUGGAACAAGGAGGAGUUCGAUUGUUGCAAGUACUUCGCCCCUUUGGACACGGAAAUGGGCAAGUGUUACGGCGUUAACUCCAUACAAACGCAAACUCCUCAUUUUUAUCCGAUGGUUUCUAAUAAACGAACCGGGCCUGGUACUCUGAUGCUGGAACUGAACGGGUACUCCAAUAUUUACAUCCUUGGGGAGCAGGAGGUACCAUCUUUAACAACCUUAACAACUGACAUCUUGCAAGUAACGCCUCACAUUCAUUAUCAAAGAUACAUGGCGAUUAAAGAAAUUGAAAAUCAACCUGAAGUAAAGGACGUAAGCAUACAACAAAGAAAGUGCAGGUUUACAGAAGAAACUGAUUUGGACGUCUACCCUUACUAUAGUUACAGUGCAUGUUGUGUGCAAUGUAGAAAGGAUGCACAGCUGCGGAUCUGCUCAUGUGCACACCACCUAAUGCCUAAUGUUUCAUUCCAGCAACAGUGCAACAUUGAUGGAUUGUACUGCAUCAACAAGCACUAUAAUGAACUAGCAGUACUGAAAGCCUACUGGUCAAAUCGCACAGGGUUGGUUUGUGAUUGUCUGCCCAGUUGCACCGAAUUUGAAUUUUCCGUCAUCAAGGACGAUAAAAAUGGGAUACCUUAUGAGUAUGCCAUCGUGGAGCUAUCUUUGGAAAGGUUGCCAACCGAAAGGUUCAAAAGAAAUGUGGUCAGAGGAAAGUUGGAUCUAGUAGUAUCAAUGGGUGGUGCAACCGCCUUGUUUUUGGGUGCCAGUCUGCUCAGUUUCGUGGAGAUAAUCUAUUACACGAGCGUGCGUCCGUUGGGCAACCUUUGGAUGUUGACAAACACGAAACGACGACACCGCAACUUAUUCAAACGUACACGUUAAA